AACGCAAAAUCAAUUAGUCUUCAAUCUCAUAAGGAAAAUAAAACGCGCGCGUUCGUGUCCGAGUGAAUUAUGGAUUCUUUAAUAUUACAAGAAUUGCCGAGAAUCGUGGACGACGGUGCUUUCGGAAAAANAAGAAUACGAACACAGUUAGCCAGGACCAAUACAUGUCUGUGGUGUCAUUUGGUACUCUCCUUACAUCGGACGGAUCGAAAUAUAGCGUUUUGAUAAAAUGUAAAACCAAUGAUAAAUUUCUACGCGAGAAACUCAAAAUCGAUACACAAUUUCACAACGAAAUAAUCAUGUACGAAAAAAUCGUUCCGUUCUUAUUAACCUGUCGUAGUUCAAUGGUCAGCGGAUUGUGUGGUCCGUCAAUACCACGGUUUUUUUACGGUCGGAAUAGUUUCGAUGCGACUGUCGAAAACGAUUUAAUAAUAUUGGAAAAUGUAAAUCCUUCGGGAUUCCGCUUGAGCGAAGAACGCCUGUUUCUAGACUAUGAACACCUGGUUAUCGCAUUACAGGCGUUGGCAGUGUAAGUGUAUAGGGUGUUAUUUUAAGUUUUUUAUCAAUGUGAUAUUCUGUCUUUUAUAAUAUCAUGGGUUACCGAUUAUAUAUAUUUAUGUCAAAAACGCGUACUUGUACCGGCAAUAUCAUUGUCCUCGAUAUUUAUAUUUUGGAGCAUCUGACUGUAUUUUUGGAAUUAAAUAAAUUAAUAACGUUCGAAAUUAUUGGCCACCCAAUGUUGGAAUUUGAUAUCGUGUUCAAACAUCUUGUACUCGAAAGUUGCGAGUGUUACGAAUUGCACGAGUGUUAGAAUGUUUACGGUGUUCAUUGAAAUCGUUGAGUUCUAUAUUGACAUAUCGGGAAAGUCAAGGCCACAUAUUACUAAUGAAAAAAUUACAAUUUUUUUGUUUGUUUGUACAAAGCUAUCUCGUAUGUAUGAUUGAGCAAUAAAAUGUGUACGGUUGGUCUAGACAUAAUUUGUUUUCUUUGCCUGUCUAGCGCGUAAAUUAGAAACGCAGACAAUCAACGACUAUUGUACAACACAUUAUCCAUUUUUCUAAAGAAGUAUAGAAGUAUAUUACUUACAUAUAUUUUUUUCGAAAGAUUUCUUUUUAAUAUAUUCUCUUAUGUGGAAUUUAUGAAUGGUUAAAUAUUGUUAACACUAUCGCAUUAUGUACGCACCAUAUUCAGCGGCAUAGUCAGGAUUUCUCAAUGCAAGAAUGUAGCAAAAAAAAAAAAAAACCUAAACACAAAACGAUAACGAUUAAAACAUUAAAAGUUCCAGCUAACGAGUGGAGAAGAGUCAUGGUUCCGGAUUACAAUGCAAUUUGAUAGGGAAUAACCUGUAAUAAAAAUGCUCAUAGGGAAUUGUGUUUGAAAUUUAAAACGUUCAAAUACCAAUAGUCCCUGCGCUUUUUUAACGUCUCGAUGCAAAUAUAAAAUAGGAAAAAUUCGAUAAAAUCACGGUGUGCAUGUUAUAAAAUACAAUUUCGACAUGUAUUGUUAUAGAUAUUUAUUAUUCCGUGCAGGUUCCACGGACUGUCGUACAUAGCCAAACACGUGGAUCCCGUCGGGUUUCGGGAAGUCAUAGCGGACGUUCGUGACACGCAAUGGGACUCGGACGGACGUUGGUUGGUUGACGGUAAUACGCUCGAAACGUUCGGUAAACCAGGUGUGGACCGACUGUUGGAACGGGACCGCGGUGGCGAUGGUAACGUGCACCGUGACAGCGAGUCUUUGCGGCGGUUCAACGAGCUCAUCGCGGACGGCGACGACUCGCUCCGGCGCGCUCUCGAGCCCCGCGAACCACUUUCCGUACUGUGCCACGGCGACUUCAACCGGAACAACAUGCUGUUCCGGUACGACGACCGCAGCGGGCGUCCCACGGACGUGCUGCUGUUCGAUUUGGGCACGCCCCGUUACGGGUCACCGGCGUUGGAUCUGGCUUUCGUGUUGUACAUGAACACGUCGCAGCAGCUUCGAGAGCGCCGGUGGGACGAACUGUUGGACGUCUACUGCGCGGCGUUGGCCGCUGCCGUGCCGACGGGCGUGCGCGUGCCUACCCGGGCCGAAUUGGACGGCGAAAUGGUCGCUUCCGCGCUGUUCGGUGUCGCGCACGUGUCGUUUUUCAUGCCUUACCAAGUAAAGAAAAUCGCCGGGGCCGGCCCGAGCAAAUGCGACGGCGACGCGGGAACCGAGUACUUAGCCGACGUGGUGCAACAUUUUAUCGGCGCGGGAUAUGCGAAGUAAAACGACAUUUGUUGUUUGAAACAGUUUUUCGAAAAAGAAAAAAAAAAAAUGAAAAAAAUAAAAGACGUAUUUUGACAUUUUGGUCACGUGAGCUUCACGCGUUCAAUUAGUUUUAGCGUUGUUGAUUUUCGAUUGUACUAUUUUAGCGGCUCGUGGAUUUGUUAUGCACACGAUACAUUAUGUAUUACCUGUACCGCGUACUAUUGCCGUUACCGUGUCGUAUUAUUGAAUAAACCGCGCGAAUUACAAUACGUUAAAAUGUUACUUUUUAAUUAUUGCCCGGCACACGGACAUUUUGUCGGACCCCGCGAAUAUCGGUUAUGUACAUAUCAAUAAAGUUGAAUGUAUAAUAAAGUGAAAG